AAAAGUGCCAACAUGACACAAGCUCUCUAUAUAUUUAGCCACAUGCUGUGAAUGAAUCAUUCUACCUCCGUUUUCAAAGGCAAUCAUUGAAUCUCAUUCUCUAUCUGAAUCUUUUUGGAUUAUUACUGAUUUUGUUAGUUGCUGUAUUGAUACUUGUUCAUUUCUUUGAGAAAGCCUAUACAAUCCUUGGAGAAGGGAAGAAAAGGAGAGUACUGGUAACAUUGGAAGGGAACAACAAUACAGAGCCAGAGGAAGAGACAAAUUAAGAUGUUGGGAAUUUUCAAGGACAAGUUGGUCAAUCCACCAGAAGAGCUAAACAGCCCUGCUUCUUUGAAUUCAUCAAAAAGGUCUAAACUUCCAAAUGAAAUCCUUCAGGAAUUCCAGUCCUACAAUCCCUCCAAUGCUUUCUCCGUUAGCUUUGGAAAUGAUGCUUUGCUAGCUUAUUCCCCUUCAAACAAGGCCUCCAUUCAUCACGGGUUUUGUGUUUUGGAUAACAUAUACUGCAUUUUCCUUGGGAGCCUAAACAACCUAAGCAAGCUCAUAAAGCAGUAUGGUCUAUCAAAGGGAACAAAUGAUGCAAUGUUUAUCAUAGAAGCCUAUAGGACACUUCGUGACAGGGGUCCAUACCCAGCUGAUCAGGUCCUCAUUGAACUUGAAGGCAGUUUUGGAUUUGUGAUCUAUGACAAUAAGGAUGGAACAGUUUUUACUGCAUUGGGUUCUAAUGGACAAAUUGAGCUUUUCUGGGGUGUUGCAGCUGAUGGUUCUAUAGUUAUUUCUGAGAAUUUGGAGCUGAUAAAAGCAAGUUGUGCUAAAUCAUUUGCACCAUUCCCCACUGGGUGUAUGCUUCAUAGUGGGCAUGGUCUAAUGAGCUAUGAGCAUCCUACGAGGAAAAUGAAGCCAAUGCCAAGAGUUGAUAGCGAAGGGGUUAUGUGUGGAGCCAAUUUUUCUGUGGACUCUCAAUCAAGGAAGUCAAUGAUGCCACGUGUUGGAAGUGAGGCCAAUUGGGCUCCUUGGGGGGACUCACAAGCAUGCAUUCAACCAUGAGUUUGUAAAAUAUAUUGGGAGAGAUGAAUGAGAAAAUUUAAGGGUGAUUAAAUAUCGAUUGGAAUAAUUACAAUUAUUAUUAAAAAAAAAUAAACACAUUGAAAAAAAAACCCUACUAUAAGGAACUUUUUUUCUUUUCUGUUUUUAAUGGUGUUAGCAACAUAAUAUGUAAUGGGGUGACUUAUUAGCACUUUCGGGAUUUCAUUUUCUUUUAGCUUGUGUACAUAUGCAACAAAUCUAUGAUCGGAAGUUGAGAAUGACUUUAGUCAUUUGCUUCAUGAAUAACAGUUUAAGUUUCGAAUUCA